AUGGCUGCUUCCAACUUGAGCUACCCGCGUAUUCUGUGCCUGCAUGGCGGAGGCACCAACGCAUUCAUCUUCCAGUCUCAAGCUCGGUCUCUCAUAAGGCAGCUUAGUCCACAUUUCCGUCUCGUCUUCGCCAAUGCGCCUUUCAUCAGCGAUCCCGGUCCCAACGCACUGCCUCUGUACAAGGACUGCGGUCCUUUCCGGACAUGGCUACCCUGGGCUGGGGCUCAAGACGUCAACAAAGAAAAGACGGCGGUGAUUACGGCUAUCGAGGACAGCUUACAGCUGGCCAUAGACGACGACGAUGUCAAGGGGGCUACAGGCCCCUGGGUCGGUCUUCUCGGGUUCAGUCAGGGAGCAAAGCUAUCAGCAAGCCUGCUCUUCGAACUACAACUGCGAAGGAACCGGGAGAAAGUACAGGAAGAUAUUCAGUCAAAAGGGUGUUACCAGGAUUGGAGGUUUGCGGUAUUGCUUCAUGGCAUUGCACCACUGGUGGCCCUGAGCGAGGAAGGCAAGGGGGAAGGAAUGCAGAAGGCAGACCAGAUCCUGGGCCUAUUUUCGGAAGGGUUCAAGUUCAGAGACGGGAAAGUGGAAAAAUUAGUAACGAUCCCGACAAUCCACGUCCACGGACUGUUGGACCCGGGACUUCACUUGGGGCGAAAGCUACGUGAGCUGUAUUGUGAGGAGAGUUCAGCGACUCUCAUCGAAUGGGGAGGAGAUCAUCGAGUUCCCGUAAAGACAGUUGAUGUACAACGCAUUGUACAGGCAAUUCAGGAUGUUGCUUGA